AUGAACUCGUCGCCUAGAAAGGGACGGCCAACCAAUAUGUCCAGUUCUACUUCUACCGGUGCGAACAAGGAUAUACAGAAGUCGCAGAAGCCACCGGACAAGUUGUCGAUAUGGGAUUGCGUGCUUAUACUUAUCAGUUUUUUCAUUCCAGUGAUUUUCAAGCACGUGGAUUGGAAUAGUCUAAUAAACAAAUUACUGUCAGGUGAGGGCAGGAGAGUUCGUUUGAUUGCUGAGAUCGUUGGCGAGGCGAUAUUAACUGUAAUCGCUACCGUCCUCAUGGUCAUACCCGUGUCUGUCGUAGUUGGUGUACUCAAGCGUAUCUGUGGUAUCGAAGCGCAUUAUUAUUUCGGCGAAUACUAUGGUAGAGACCAUUUUGCGCCUCAAGAAGCGAAUGACUCCAAGGAUGAUUGA